AGUGAGAGGCGAGGUGAGAGGAGAGAGUGGUUGCUUCAUGGGAGCCAUGAGAGCCCUCUUGAACACCAUCCGAAACCGGCUAAGACCAAAGAGAAAACGACAGAGGACCAAGAACUACCGGAUCUGUCACAACUCUGCCAUGGCCAAGAUCAAGAGAAGAAAACUAAAGAAGCAACUGACAUCUGGGCUGUACACGAAGCUGAGAAAGCCAAAUCAUUUGGUUAAAGGCAAACCUGUGCGGGCUUUUCAAGAGAGGCGCAAGCCACGCUGGGUUCUCCAGACCAGAGAGGAUCUCCAGCCUGCUGAACCAGCAAGUGAUCCAAACACCGAGAACACUCAGGCUAGAGAGGAUCUCAACCCUGCUGAAUUAGCAAGUGAGGUGGCUAACAUCGAGAUCACUCAGCCUGGAGUAGUUCUUCAGCCUGCUGAACUGGAUCUUCAGGCUGAUGAACCAGCAAGUUGGGUUGUGGCUAAUGCCCAGAUGUGGAGGGAGAUGACCAGACAAGAUGGUCCUGUCCUUUGCAACAUGCCCAUCAUGCACUCUGGCCCUGGCUCCAGUUACCCUGUCCUAUCGGACCACCUCAUGGAGGAGCAGAGUUCAUCAGCGAACACGGGAGGGGAAGAGCAAGCUGGCCCUGGCUCCAGUUACCCUGUCUCAUUUGACUGUACUCUUGACCACCUCAUGGGGAAUCUGAGGUCAUCAGCAAACAAGGAAGAGGAAGACCAAGGCUUGGGUCUGAUCCAUCGCCAGCUGUGUCGCCGGGACCUGACUGGACAAGAUAGAGUGGCCAUCAUGUACUCUGGUCCUUUCAGUUUCCUUGUCCCAUCUGAAUGGGCCCUUGACCACCUGAUGAGUGGGGAGCAGGACAGUCGUCCAUACACCAUGGUCUUCUACUGACAGCCAAGCAACUGGCUACAUCUACUACCACUCAACUGCUGCCCUCUGACUAAACU